AUGGCGGUGGCAGAUGUGAAGUUAAAUUCACCAACUCAAACAAACAGUCAAAGUGUUGUUGUCAAUGUCAAAGAAAGAGAUGUUGAAGUGGGGAAACCAUACGAAGACGAAGAUGGUAUAACAAUAGUUCCUGUAAAAGAACAACCAACAUAUCCUGAAGUUAGCAGAGACUUAAGUUCUGUUGCAGAUAUUCGAAACGACUACCAACAACUGAAAGACAAACUUCAAACUCAGGAGAAGAUUUGUCAAGCUUUAAGUAUAAUGUUAAACUUGGUCGAACACAACCCUGUAAAAGUGAACUCAUAUGUCAUUGCACCUCAUGAA